AUGUUAUAUGGCAAGAAAUCGGAUUUGACAAUUGAAGAUAAUGUAGCGGCAGCUGACAAAAAUCUUGACACAUUGUUUGAACGUUUGCGUCUGGAGGAAGAUAGGUUAAAUGAAACAGAGCUGUUAAGCACGUCCCACACUAAUGCUUUUAUCUCAAAACAAAGUAAACAAUUUGUCAAAGGAGGUCAGCAGGAAACAUCUACAGUUCAAUGUUUCAAAUGCAGCAAAAACGAGCAUGUAAAGAAACACUGCAGAAAUAAACCAAGUGCCAAAUAUUUAGUAUACUGUAGAGAGAAUUAUUCACGUAACAACUGCAAACAAAGGGGUCAUUUUGCCAGGGAAUGUCGAAGUCCAAAGUUAGACAGAUACAAGACAAGUGAUAAACUUGACAAUAAAGAAUCAAAAGUGUUAAUUCAUGAUGAAACUAAAUUAGAAGGAAUUGGAGUGGGAGAUGUCGAAUUAGAGGCUUUCGAUGGAGAACAGUGGUAUGAUGCAGUUCUGAAGAAUGUUCUAUAUGUACCAAACAUAAAUUUCAAUUUACGUUCUGUUGCUCAAGCCUUAGACAAAGGCUAUGUUCAGACUGCAAAUGCAGAUCUCUCAGUUUUCAAAACCGCUGACAAUCUGGAAACUGCAGCAAUAGGUCGACACUAA